CCGCCAAACUUUCCGCGCCGCCCUCAGUAGCGCCCAGAGAGAGUUUGGGGGAAACUUGGUUCGGAAGGGAGACGGAGAAGAGAGAAGAGGAGCCCGAUGGGUCUGUAGCCGGGAAGAAGGGGCGCCACACCCCUCCACUCCCCCCAAACUCCCAGGCAAGACCAGGCCUCCCAAUCGGAACUUCCCUCCGCCGGAAAGUUUGCACCAACUCUCUCAACUUUCGGAAACUAGACUCUCCGGCCUGCAAGUCUCUUUGGUUAACUCCUCGCUUUUCUUUUCUUCCCCGCGGAUACUGGGGAACUUGUGGAGGAAAGGAAGGCAGAAGCGGUCAGAAACAAAUCUCGGAAGUUGGCCGCGGAAGAAGGGGAGGGAAGGGGGAGGGAGAGAGAGGGGGAGAGGCCGUUGCACAACUUUUCGUGCCUGACUCCUACGUGCCUUUUAUUUGUUCUUGGAGAUCGGACGAGAUUAGGGGGAGAAAAAAGAGGCAGUUUGGGAAAAGGAAGGGCCGGGCGGCUUUGGAGUUCCAGCCAGAGGGAAAACUUGGGCGAAGUUUGGCUUCGGGAACCGAUUCAUUGCGGCGAGAGCGUGAUUUGGACUCUGGAAAUGACACGAUUGUUUUGAAAGGAGGGCCCUUCAGAAGCCGGGGGGACAACUUUGCAAGGAAGGGGCCCAGACAGAGAUAUUUCCUUCCCUCCUGCUCUCUAUCAACUUAUCUAACUACGUAUAGAUUUCCCUGACCCCAGUCCCCUCCUGCUACCUACCUAUCCACCUACCUUACCUAUCUUAUCUACCUACAUAUCUAUUUCCCUGACCCCAACCCCUUCCCUAUCUAUAUCUCUAUCUCCCCUUCUCCUGCUUGAGCUUCCCCCGUCGGAGGGUCUUCUUCCUCCUCCUCCUCCUCGGGCGCCAUGAACCCCUCCGCGCCGGUCCCUCCGCCUCCGGGGCAGCAAGUGAUCCAUGUCACGCAGGACCUGGACACGGACCUGGAGGCCCUCUUCAACUCGGUCAUGAACCCCACGCCCAGCUCGUGGCGCAAGAAGAUCCUGCCCGAGUCCUUCUUCCAGGAGCCGGACUCGGGCUCGCACUCGCGGCAGUCCAGCACCGACUCGGGCAGCCUGCCGGCCCGGCUCCUGGCGCCGCACCACGUCCGCUCCCACUCCUCGCCCGCCUCGCUCCAGCUGGGCCUCGGCGCCAACGCCAACGCCAGCCCGGCCCAGCAGCACGCCCACCUCCGACAGCAGUCCUACGACGUGACCGACGAGCUGCCCCUGCCGCCCGGCUGGGAGAUGGCGCUCACCCACACCGGGCAGCGAUACUUCCUCAACCAUAUAGAGAAGAUUACAACAUGGCAAGAUCCUCGAAAAACCAUGACUCAGCCACUAAACCACAUGAGCCAUCAUCCUUCAGCCACAUCUACUCCAGUAUCUCAGCGAUCCAUGGCAAUGUCACAACCCAACCUUGUAAUGAAUCACCAGCACCAGCCACAAAUGGCACCCACUACAACCAUAUCCCAACAGACCCAUCCUACUCCAAACCCUCAAGCUGGCUUAUUGAACAUGCCGAAUGCAUUGACUUCCCAGCAGCAGCAGCAACAGAAGUUGAGACUUCAGAGGAUCCAGAUGGAAAGAGAGAGGAUUCGCAUGCGCCAGGAAGAACUCAUGCGCCAGGAAGCUGAUUUAUACAGACAACUUCCCAUGGAGUCUGAGAACCUGGCCCCAGUUCAGACAGCUGUAAGCACACCUAACAUGACACAAGACAUGAGAUCUGUUACAAAUAACGGGUUGGAUCCUUUCCUGAACAGUGGGCCAUACCAUUCCAGGGAGCAGAGCACAGACAGUGGCCUAGGCUUAGGAUGUUACAGCAUACCAACUACACCUGAAGACCUCCUCAGCAAUGUAGAUGAGAUGGAUACAGGAGAUAAUGUAGCACAAACUCCCAUGAACAUCAACAACCCACAGCAGUCCCGUUUUCCUGACUUCCUUGAUUGUCUUCCAGGAACAAACGUUGACCUUGGGACUUUGGAGUCAGAAGACCUGAUCCCCAUCCUCACCGAUGUGGAAUCGGUCCUCAACAAGAACGAGCCCUUUCUCACCUGGCUGUAACUGAUGAUGUAGCAUUUCCUUGACCUCUAGAAGUGAAGGCAAAGCAUCCUCAAGUUCCUCAGCUAGGCAGCCUGUGCCUUACUGACUUUUAUCACAACCAUUUUUACGUCUGUGAAUCUUGGUCUAGAUUUCACCGGCAAGAACUUAAGUAUGAAAUAUAUUCAAAUAUACAAAUAUAAAUAUAUAUAGAUAUCUAUUUUUAAGAGGUAGGAUUACUUGUAUUCAUUUAUAACUGUUCCACUUUACUUACAUAGCAAUGUUUUGAGGACAUGAGAGCUUCUAUAUUUUUUGCACCAUGUCUGAACUUAGCCCUCGCUGGUUACAACAAUUUUCAUUAACCAAAAUAGAGCCAACUGCGAAAAGCUUUAUAAUGCAGAAGGCUCUUUGGUUCCAAAAAGGUUGACUGCAAUUUUACAGUCAAACUAAUAACUAUUGUACCAAAUGUUUGUUAUCUAUAUAAUCUGAGCUUUAAAAACAUUGUUUUUUUUUCUUUCUUUUUUGCAUUAAUUAAUGCUGUAUGGAUUUUGCAGCACUUUUAAAAAAAUACAAAUGGGCCAAGUGCCUUAAGAUCCUUUUUUAAAAAACUUGCAGAUGCACUGCUAUUUCCAUUUUUCCUACCAGUUACUGAGUAGUUGUUUCUAUGUAACACUUUCAAACUGAAAGUGAAAUGUUUGCCUUAACUGUUUUUACACUACAAUAUUAUAAAAGAAACUAAGUUGGUGCACAUUGUUGGCAGAUAAACACAUACACAGCUAUGAGUACAAACACAUCAUGGUUAUUUUGUUGACACUGAAGUAUACAUUUAUAUGAACAAAUACACUACAGUUUUAUAUUGGCACAUGGAAACAAUAUAAUUUUAGUUUGUGUCAAAUAGAAACUGACACACAGUUUCAAGAUUCAGGACAAAACUAUGUCACAGUUUGAUAUUACUGAAUGCAACAAAUUUUGUGUACAUUCUUGCGAUCUUGUUUUUUAAAAAGUAAUUAUGUAUUUUGUUGAUGAAACUUUACAAUCUAGAAAUAGAAGCGUCGCCUUAUCAGAGAAGUCAUAAUCCAACUUCUUUUUGUCAGAAUGGGAAAGAUGCUGAGAUUCUUAACCAAUUGGGUGUUUCUUCACUGGGAACCAAGGAUUUAUAUUUGUUGUGCGCCUAUCAAUACCUAUCAUAUACAUAUGAAGGGUUUUAAAAUAGCUGAUAUUUGGGACUGAGAAUGCAUCAAGGACUUCAAAUCCCCACUUCCCCUGAAAUGCAAAUGACGUCCUGAGAUCUUUUUUAGUAUUUUUAAUUGAUAUUAUUGUUGUUGUUAUUAUUAUUAUUUAUAAUCUAUGAUUUUUAAGCUUUUUUAUAUUUAAAGAAAACCAGCUUUUUAUGGAAGGCAUUAUAAUUAAUACAAGCCUCGUAGUACAUGCGAUGCAGGGCAAGCAAGAAGCCUAGCACAUUCCUGUGCUUUGGGCUUAAUAGUAAACAAUGAUUUAUUUUCUGGAAUAAUGAACAGUGGGAGGGACGGGCAAUUCUCCCCCUUGUUUUCUGACUAGUUGAAAAAUGCAGGUGAAAUGAUAUGAACGUUUGAAGUGGCAAGAAAGGGAUCUUAGAAAGAGAAUGGCUUUAGGGGGAUUAGGAUUAGUGAGGCUGGAGUUUUAAUAAAGCUCUGAAAAGUUGCUUUUUGGACUACAACUCCCACGAUGCCAUGUUCUUGGAGCUGUAGGCCAUACAAUGACUUUUCCAAGCUUUAAGUGUCAGAAAGAAUUGCUUAUGCAGAGAACAACCACAGAUCAAUGAAGUACCUGUGAAUACUAACUACCAUUUUGCGGAAAUUGUUGCUUGAAGGUAGCUGUUCUGACAGCACCGUGCUUAUUUUUAUUUUCUAUUUUUAUUUUUUUAAACAUGAGCAGUGAAAGAUCAAAAGCAAUGAAGUUCAAUAUUUGACUCAGAAAAGUCUGUUGUUUUUCAUAUAUUAUUAGCGUGGGGGGGUGUCUGUGGAGAAGUAGGUACUUGUAGUUUAGAUAUUUUAGCAGAUCAUUACACCUGCACAAAAUAUUUUCAGUCCAGGGGCAUUUUUCUCUCCCUUUUGCUUUAGGAGUCUUCCCCCCCUUCCAUUCACUUAACAUAUACUUUAAUUAUCAGGGGAAAAGUGUUUUUGAAAAAAGUCAUUGCAAUUUCCAUUAUUUCUGGAUAUUGGAUACAUCAUGAAAAACGGCAGUGAUAAGCAUUGUUUCACACUAGGUCCAGCGGUUUGGUGUUCACUUAGAAGGUGCAGAAACAAGGCUAUGGUUCUCUGCUUCCUAAGACUGUUUGGUUUUGCACAGCCUUUUUGAUUUAAGAAUUUGUGAGCCAGUUAUUGGUGUGGUGCUGGAGGAGAGAUUUACAGAUACUAUGGACUGCCAAAAGACAAGUUAAUGGGUCCAAUAGCAAAUUGAGUCAAGGGAAAUCCUAGAAGCCAAGCUGAAAUUAUUGAACAUGUCAUGAGAAGAUGUGAUUCAUUUGAAAUGAUGCUUAGUGAGGUAGAAAGAGGUAGAAAAUGGACAGACUUCAUCAAGGAAGUCACAGCCCUGAGCUUGCAAUACCUUAGCUAUUGUGACCUAGCCAUCUCUCAUAUAUACAGUCACCACAAUUCAAAUUUGACUUUACACCAGUUAACAACAACAGUGAUGUUUGCAGUUACUAAAGAGUAAGUUGGCCUUAUAACUGAAUUAAACCAUCAAAAAGGGUGAAUGAAAGAUGGCUGAUAUAGAUUUCUUAGAAGGAGCUGACUUAGAUAUGUUAACAUUUGAAUUAUAGCUUGUAAAAAUUAUCUUUCUAUUUGUAUCUCCUAGCAUCUCCUGGCAAUGUUAAUUGUGGAUUCUGGGAGCUGGAGAUUUGAACGUACCUUUCCUAUGCUCUGUUCCUAAUUUUAAUGGCUAUAGGAGGAGGGAACGGGAUUCUUCAUGAACACUUAAAUAUCCUGUAAUUAUGAUCAAGUGAUGUAAAUUAUGGAAGCAACUUGCUUUCAUUCUUCUCCAGGAAGUGGUCCUACCAGGCAUCAGAAGUGCUUUUAAGAAAGGAGGCCGAGACUUGGAGCAAACACAGAAAACAUGAGCUCAAGCACUGAUAGCACACUUUGCUCUCAGUGCUGCUCUUUCUCCUCCCCCUAUUUCUCACCAUGAUGGAGAGAAGGAAACUUCUAAAAAGAACAAUGUUCAAAUCGUCCUAAACUAACACUGCUACAUUUUGAUUCAAAAGGCAUUUUUCAUCUGAUUCUGCAAACCUAAGUACAUUUAUCUGGAAAUAAGUCCUGUUAAUCUUUGUCAGGCUUCUGUUGGAAUAGAUAUGCAGUAUAAAUAAGGAGAAUUUCCGCUGAAGAAUUUGGUGUUAGGGCCCUUUUGCAUUACACAGUUAUAAUGCCAUGACUCUACUUUAAUAGCCAUAGCAACAUCCUAUGGAAACCUGAGGUUUGUAGUUCAUCUAGGCAUAAUUUUCUGGCUGAGAAUUGUAAAUAGUCCCCACUAAAUUGCAAAUCCCAGGAUUCCAUAGAGGGGAAUCACAGCUGUCAAAGGGGAAUGAAAUGAUACAAUAGUGCAUUAUAGCCUCUAUACGAUGAUAAAGUCUAUAAGACUUUAUCUUCUAGACUUCUAGAAGACUGUGAUUGAAAAGUUAGCAUGUCAAAUGUUAGGGCAAAAAGUUUCCAACAAAGCUUCAGUGCCAUUAUCCUGCCAAAAUGUCUGGUGUCUUUCUCUCUUUCUCCAAAACAUAAUGAGUCAAAUGAUUGGGAAGAUGAGGGCUUUUUAUUGUAAUGUUCAGAGAAAUAGUGGAGACAGAAAGGAGGCUGUGAUAACUGAUGAACUCCUCUUUUCAAGUACUUAGUUUUUUUUAAUGGACUUGCAAUGCAACGAACAAGACACUAUUUCCUUAUUGAAUCUAAUGCUAUUUUUUCUCUCGUUAAAACCUUGGCUUGUAAAACUGAUUUUUUUUACACUAAACUACUUAUACUGACAAUGAAAAAUAUGCUAGUGGGAGAGAGGUAUUGUGGACAGGGAUGCAGAGUGGCAACAUGGAAGGUUAUAUUAAAGUUGUGGGUUGUUGUUUGCCACUAGUGAUCCAAGAGUGCUGCUAGAGCAGUGGUUUUCAGUCUGAGUUCUGGGGAAUCCUGUGAUAAGGUGGAAGAAAACUGAAACUCCGUCAUUGGGAAUAUAAGCAAUAAGCAGCUAGGUUUUCCUGAAAGAGAGCCUGCUAGCCACUAGUCAGUCAAAGCCAGCAUGGCAUAUACCAUUGGCCUCAAUCCAAUAACGAAUAUCAAUUAACAGAUCCACCAAAGCAAUAGAACUCACCUAUAUAUUGACUUAGUUUUCCAUUAGUUUCAGUUGCAUACCCUCUAGUAUGUCAAAGCAUAGUAAAAUGGCAAAAAUUAUUCACGAGGAAGAGCACAGAAACUAGGUUGUAACUGUUUACUUUUGCCUAAGCUACUGAGAAGGGCAAAAUCAUUUCAUCCUUCAUCUUCUCUCGCCAUUGUUGAGUCAACUGAGUGCAAACUAGUUUUGCAACAUUCAAAGCAAACUUGGAACAAAGGGGAAAAGGAGGAUGAUAAGAAAGAUUCUGGGACAUUUUGAAAGCAGGAUGACAGAACUGGAGAUGUCCCUCCCAGAUCAGGACAGUUGGAAGGUAUGCAAUUGAUCUCAAUAAUUAAAUUCAGACCAAGAUAUUUAUGAGGAUAGGAAAGGCCCAGGUUCAAAUUUCUGCUCAGCUGUGAAGCUCCUUGACUGACCUUAGACUUGUUGCUUUCCUCCAAGCCUAACAAACUCCCUGGGUUGCUCAAAGAGUAAAAGAUAAGGCAGUACUGGGUUGCUGUGAGUUUUCCAGGCUAUAUGGCCAUGUUCCAGAAGCAUUUUCUCCUGACGUUUUGCUCACAUCUAUAGCAGACAUCAUCAGAGGUUGCGAGGUCUGUUGGAAACUAGGCAAGUGAGGUUUAUAUAUCUGUGGAAGGUCCAGAGUGGGAGAAAGAACUCUUGUCUGUUUGAGGCGCCACCUUGAUUAGCAUUGAAUGGCCUUGCAGCUUUAAAGCUGCUUCCUGCUUGGGGGAUUCCAUCCUGGACAUUCCACAGAUAUAUCUAAAUCUCACUUGCUUAGUUUCCAACAGACCUUGCAAUCUCUGAGGAUGCUUGCCAUAGAUGUGGCCAAAACAGCAGGAGAUAAUGCUUCUGGAACAUAGCCAUACAGCCUGGAAAACUCACAGAAACCCAGUGAUUUCGGCCAUGAAAGCCUUUGACAACGCAUGAGUGGUAUAAUUGUCCAGAUUUUCUGCAACACUUGAGUUCCAUGAGAGUCUUGCAGGUAAAUUCCAGCUCAACAAGACAAUGACAAACUGGUUCCCAGAGGGUUGAAGUCUGAAAACCACUGUAUUAGAACGUAACAAUAAGAAAAGAUGGGUUGUGUAUAAACAAAUUCUGUGCUUUUUAAGAACUGGAGGGAUUCAGUCUCUGUUUUCAGUUCGGGAAAUAGGUGAUGAAACAAAUGUUUCGGUUUUUCCUAAUACACUACAUCCAUGUUAUGUGCUAAUAUUUUAAUACUUUUUUAUUUACAUCAGUUUGUUAUGCUAUAUGCCAUCUUGUGUGAGCAUUUGUUUUCAAUGUAGAAUUAUUUGCAUACAUAGUGUAUGCUUCAAACUUAAUCAGAUCAAACAGUUGUAUCCAGAGUUUGGUUCUGGUUUUCUUUGUUAAAAAAUACUUCUUUAAUAUUGUACAAGGAGAAAAAAAAUAAAUCGAAAUGAAUUUAA